AUGCCUAAGACGGAAAUACGACGAUUACUCAAACAACAACGUUCAGAACGUCAAAAAGAAAAACGAGUCGAACACCCACUUGCCAAGUAUGACACUGAAGACCAGUUAACGUGUGUAGUUUGCAACAGCCACGUAAAGUCCACUUGGCCUGCCCAUUUAGGCUCUGCAUUCCACAAAGAGAACAUGGCACGUUUACGUGCUUUAAAGCAGCAAAAACAGAAUUCGCAGCAACAGCAACAAAGACCAGUAAAACGAACAUCAUCUCCCGUACAAGAGCAGGAGCCUUCUAUAAAACGAGCCAAACACGAAGCACUUGUGCGAGAUGAACAAGUGAAUGAUGAAGACGAAGACGAGGAAAUGAACGACAACGACGAUGCAGGACAUCUACCCGCCGAUUUCUUUGAUAAUGCGCCAGCAGCUCAUUCUAAACCAGCGAGUGGACCCGGCGAAGAAGGAGAAGAAGAAGAAGAGGAAGAAGAAGAAGCACCCGCACUACCACCACAGCAACAACGGCCAGCUGCACCUCAACAACAGCAGCAACCACAUUACCAACCCGCAUCCAAUCUUCCACAAGGAUUCUUUGACAAUGCUGAGGAAGAAGCCCGUGUUCGUCGAGCACCACCGCCUAUUGAACAGUUUGAGAACAAGCUGGAUGAAGAAUACACUCUGUUUAAGGAAGCCAUGGCAGAUACCAUCGUCGAAGCGGAAAAAGCAGAUGAAGAAGACGAAGAAGAACUAUGGCUCGACCGCGAUCAGGAGAUGUUUCGGCAGCAAGCCGAAUUCGAUUCACGUGUUGAUAAGUUAAAAGAUUUGCGCGCAAAGACUGCCCGAGGCGAGUUUGCUGCACCAAGCGAAGAGGAAAAAAUGUCGACUGUUCGCGUCGACUACGAUGAUACUGAACGUGAGCUUCGAACGGGACUGAAGUCGGAUGCACGGAAUGUGUUGAAAAAGGCACCUCCCCAGAAGGUGGCAACUGUGUUUGAUGAUAUGGAUAUGUCUUCGGAAGAGGAUGAGGAUGAAGAAGACGAGGACGACUGGAGGGCACAACAAUUGUAA